CUAGACUCUUUCAAAGUCUAUAGACAUGUAAAAGCAAAAAUCUUUCGUUUUUCAAAGGCCUAAUCGAAUCAAUUCAAUGGUGCUUCAAUUUGAUUCCGGCGAAAAUCCUUUCUUCCGGCGGCUUCUGCGUCUGUUCUAGGGUUCCCUCGUCCUGCAAUUUGUUCUGUUAUUUCCGAAUCAAACUCUUCAGAGCCAUCCGAUUUAUUUUUUUGAUUGCAUUUGUUAGAUUCUGCAGUUAUCAAGGGAUGCACACAAAAUCUUCACGUUUUUAAUUGUUAACACUAGAUAAUUGAUGACAAGUGUAUAAGUAAUUAGUUAGGUAAAACUCACAUUUGAGAGAGUGGUUUAGAAGAGAGUUAAUUAUUUUUGUAAAAAAUGGAUGCUGCAAGGCGAUGGUUCAACAAGUUUAAAUCAAAAGAUAAGGUAAAGUCUUCUAAGAAAAAGGAAGCAACAGGUAAUUCAAAAUUGAAAGAGGGGUCUAAAGCCCCAACAAGUGAAGAAGCACCAUCUAAUGUAACCAAACAGCGGGUAGCAGCUGCGAAGGAGUACAUUGAAAACCAUUACAAGAAGCAGAUGAAAGACCUCCAGGAGAGGAAGGAACGACGUAACAUUCUAGAAAAGAAGUUGGCUGAUGCUGAGGUCUCCGAAGAAGAGCAAAACAAUUUACUGAAGCAUUUAGAGAAGAAGGAAACAGAGUACAUGCGUUUGCAGAGGCAUAAGAUGGGAGCUGAUGAUUUUGAGCCAUUGACUAUGAUAGGAAAGGGUGCAUUCGGAGAGGUUAGAGUCUGCAGGGAGAAGGCAACUGGGCAUGUAUAUGCCAUGAAGAAGCUUAAGAAAUCAGAGAUGCUUCGCAGAGGCCAGGUUGAACAUGUUAAAGCUGAGAGGAAUCUACUAGCAGAAGUUGACAGUAAUUGCAUUGUUAAAUUAUAUUGCUCAUUCCAGGAUGAAGAGUAUCUAUACCUCAUCAUGGAAUAUUUACCUGGUGGAGAUAUGAUGACUUUACUGAUGCGCAAGGAUACACUGACUGAGGAUGAGGCCAGGUUUUAUGUUGGGGAAACUGUCUUGGCCAUUGAAUCCAUUCACAAACAUAAUUAUAUUCAUAGAGAUAUCAAGCCUGACAACCUGCUGCUGGAUAAAAAUGGUCAUAUGAAAUUAUCAGAUUUUGGACUUUGUAAACCUCUAGACUGCAGUAAUCUCCAGGAAAAGGAUUUAUCCAUGGCAACAAACCUAAGUGGGGCCCUGCAGAGUGAUGGGCGUCCUGCAGCACCAAAACGUACACAGCAGGAGCAAUUGCAGCAUUGGCAGAGGAAUAGACGGAUGCUUGCUUAUUCUACUGUUGGUACACCUGACUACAUUGCUCCAGAGGUUUUGCUGAAAAAAGGAUAUGGCAUGGAAUGUGAUUGGUGGUCUCUUGGUGCCAUCAUGUAUGAAAUGCUUGUUGGAUAUCCACCAUUUUAUUCAGACGAUCCAAUGACAACUUGUAGGAAGAUAGUAAAUUGGAGAACUAAUUUAAAAUUUCCAGAAGAGGCAAAGUUGUCUCCAGAAGCAAAAGAUCUUAUCAGUAAGCUUUUAUGUAAUGUUGAGCAGAGACUUGGUACAAAAGGCGCAGAUGAAAUUAAGGCCCACCCGUGGUUCAAGGGUGUUGAAUGGGACAAGUUAUAUCACAUGAAAGCUGCAUUUAUUCCAGAAGUCAAUGAUGAGUUGGAUACUCAAAACUUUGAGAAGUUUGAAGAGGCUGACAACCAAAUGCCAACUACAACAAAGUCAGGUCCAUGGCGAAAGAUGCUUUCAUCCAAGGAUAUUAACUUUGUGGGUUACACAUACAAGAACUUCGAAAUUGUAAAUGACAAUCAGUUACCUGGGAUUGCUGAGCUGAAGAAAAAGAGCACAAAGCCUAAGAGGCCAUCCAUCAAAUCCCUGUUCGAAGAUGAGUCGGCUGUAUCUGCCAAUCAACCUGUUCAUGGGAGCUUCUUAAACCUUUUGCCACCCCAACUAGAAGACCCUGAGAGUCAGAUCAAAAAAUGACUGCAGCAAUUUUCCUCUUUACACUAUAUGGCACAAGAUGGCACCAGUUACAAUCAUAUUCUUCUCUGGUGAAUAGAUUUUCCUUUUCCACAUCUUGCAGUCCAUUUUUGUUAAUGAAAGUUUCAUGGUCAAAUGGCCCCUCUUAACAAAUGGUUUGAGACGGUGAUUGGAGUAAUCUUGUUCUUUCCUGAGAUGAUUCUUUGAUAUUUGUUGUGUAUUUUUACCACGUUAAGUCAAGAAGCAAGAAGUUGGUGUAGAAUAAUGUUACUGUUUUUCCUCAUGUAAUUAUUAAGUUUAUUGUUUUUUGUUGAAUUGUUUAUAACUUCAAAUUACCACUAUUC